UAUUUCAUUCAGAUUACUUCAGUUGUUCUUCGUUGUUUUGCAUAGAUAGUUUUACAAGUUACACUGUUUAUUGAGCAUUUGUCUUUAAACUAUAUAUUCUCAAAUAUAACAAUACAUUAUUAAAUCUGCCGUUCUACUGUACAUAGUGAGUGUGGAGAAUUAACAGUUGGUUCUUAUUUCUACAAACAUGAAGCUGUUUCCUAUCACACGUCUUUUGGCAGUAUGGGCAAUAUUUCUCUUCUGUGAAACAAAGGGAUCUAAUAACGGCGUAAAAAGCGACAUGAUUUCGAAAGGAACUAUACAUUCAAAAAAUCAUGACAGUUCCAAUCAAUCCAAUAUCGAAAUAACUGGAAACACUGAGUUUUACACCCCAGGAGAACAAUAUGCAGAUGUCAACGGAACUACCGCUCAUCUACGAAUUGUACACAGAAUUAUCUGGGUAGCACAACCUCCUUCGGGGCCGAAAAUUGGUCUAACUCUUCCUGUAUCCACAGUAAUAAUUCAUCACACUAAUACUAAAUCAUGUAGUACACAAGCUGACUGUAUUCUGCAGACUCGUAAAAUACAGACUUUUAAUAUGGAAACCAGAUUAAAUGACAUCGAAUAUAACUUUCUGAUUGGUGGUAGUGGUGCUGUUUACGAAGGUAGAGGUUGGAAGGUAGAAGGAGAACACACUUUAGGGGUUAACGAUAAAAGUUAUGGUGUUGCAUUUAUUGGUACGUUUUCCGAACAACCACCACCCAGAACAAUGAUUAAUGCUCUUCACAAACUACUUGAUAUAGCGAUACAAAAGGGUUAUCUAACCAAAGAUUAUAAGAUAAUGGGCGCUAGUCAAUUUUCUAACACAGAAAGUCCAGGAAAAACGUUUUAUGAAUUAAUCAAGUUAUGGCCUCAUUGGUCUACAGAACUAUGAAACAAAAUGUCAUUUAAAAAUAAUAGCUCCGUUAAACUUGAAGCUCGCUGGAAAAAUUUACAAUACCUUGCCUUCAUUGGCACAUUGAUUUCUGUUAAACAAAGAAGAAAAUAAUAAGAACUGGACUACUUCACCUACCUGAAAAAUUUAAAAAUCCUGGAAAAAUAAAUUAAAUAUUUUUUCCAUAAAGAAGUUAAUGGAUUUUAAUAUUAGUUCGUAAGAAAUAGUUAAAUUUUAAUAACUAAUGUAUAUUAUUUAUAUAAUUAUAAAUUAGUACUCCAAAUGUGUUAAUUUAAGGGCGUAGGCGCAAUAUUUCGCGCAACAAUUUGUUUUAAAUGCAUUUAUUUUUUUGGAAUCCUGAGAAAGCUAAUAAAUAUUUUUGAAAAAUGAAAAAUUUAAACGCAGAAUGAAAGAAUACAUUAUAACCG